GGAGUGAGAAAGCGGUGGUUCGAAAACCCCCGUGCACUACCCGGUCGUUUCUAGUGUCGCGGAGACGAUGCUGCCGUUGUGGCUUGGCCUAGCGGAGCGAACCUGCUAGGUACCUACUACGGAUACUAUGUAGAGCUUUGCAUUCAGGACGGACUUGAGACCUCCACCGGUGAGGUGCCGGCACGCUAGGCGCCUCAGUCCUCGCUAAAGCGCUGUACGAACAUCACAUCCGCACCACACCCACGCCUCUUUCGGCAUAGCCUGCCACGGGGCAAGGUCAGCAUGGGCGAUGGAAAGACGCCCAAGGGAGAGAGAGGCAGGGGUGUUGUCAAACCCAUGACCGCAUAACGUUCGCCGGCCGUUCUAGUGUACGUAUAGUGGGUUCAAAUGGGAACAGGGUCCUUCCCCAUCCGGUCGAGAUGGGAAAGGUCGACUUUUGGAGGGACAAGGACCAGGGAGGGAGGGGAGGGUAGGGGACGGGCGCCAGUUGGGACUUUGGAGCUUUUGAUCCUCCUCCAAGGCACACAAGGUUGUGUGUGUGUGUGUGUGUGUGUGUGCAUGACGAGGGUCGUCAAAACUUUGUCGAUGUUUGGACAGUUCUCGCCGCAGCUCGCAAAGUUCCAGAGACUCUCCACGGACGACGAAGACGACGACGAUGACAGAGCUGUAGUCGUCAUGCAAUAUGGGACGAUUGCGUGUGCAGCUUCGGGACCUUGGAGGUGCCGGCCAGAUAGAUGGCCGAAGGAGGUUGAGGUGUUGGCGAUACCGACACAAAGCACGGCCGCCAAGUACGCAUCCAACGCCCACGGAGGAGGCCAUGUGACGAACUCUUUUUUUGCGCCCUACGAAUGGGUCGAGAUGAUUGACUCAUUGGGGAUCGUAGGGUAGGUAGCACGGCAGGUAGCGAGACUAGAAAAUCGGGUGCUGCCGGGAUACAGCCCAAAGGCACGAAACCUCUCUCUCUCUCU